CACCUGAAGGAAAUAGUCUUUUGGUAGGAUAUAAAAAUAUGUAUGAAUAUCUAAAUUUUUUCAAUUGUUUAAACAAUAUCUGCUAACUGUCAACUAUGAAGACCGUCUUCGUCAUAACGUUUUUAGGAUUUUUCAUCUUUAACGUUUGCCAAUCCACUCCCGCUGUUUGUUCCUAUGACAAGGUACAGAAGGCACUUUUCAUCUAUUGUUAUGAGAAUGUAAUAGAUAGAAAGACCUGGAAAGCUGCUGAAAAAGUACAAAAAUGUUUCCAUGUAUCUUCUCUAUCAGAAUUGCUAAAUGAAUUUUGCACUCUGACGCAGGAUGAUCCGGAUUUUGUACAACGUUUUGCCUGUAUUAAUGAAUAUAAGAAAACCGUGAAUGAGGACUUGAUAGAGAUGAAGAUAUACGAAUGCAUGGAGGAAAACGAUAUAAAUUCUGUUUAAACUACACGAAAAAUAAAUGCGUUUAAAGUUAAAAUAUUUUUUACUUGUAUAAAUUAAUUUUAUAUGGAUAAACCGAAAUAUGUUUGGAUUUAAUAUUCAGAUUUAUAAAAGAAAAGUAAACUUGUUUAUGAAACA